AUGAAUCUGCUGAAGCAGCACUAUCAAAAAGUUCAUAAGCCGAAAGAUUAUUCCAUCGUGCUGUCUCGAUUCGGAAACUGCGGGCUGACAGCCAAUUUGAUUAGAAAUACCGGCAUCAACUUUAAUGAAGGGCCUCAGGAAGACACGACUCCUCAACAAGCAACUGAAACUCAAACGGAAUGGGUAUGUGCCCCCGGCACAAUCCCAACCCCAUCCCUUUCUUACCAAACCACAGCCAAUCAAUGGGAGGGUGAUUACCAAGAUGCCGACUGCCAGACGGGCUUCUACGGUUCGGCGGCGACAAAUGAUUUCGGCGCACAGUUCAGCACCGAGGAAUACCCAGAGACGCCUCAGAUGCGCCACGUGGAAACGACGAUGGAAUUCCCGUUGGGCCGCUACCUCCAAUCAGCCGAGACCCAAACCAACUCCUUUCUC